AUGCACCUCAUUCCAGCACUAGUAAGGGCACCGCUUUCCAUGAACCCUGUGCUGCCAGGAAAGAUACUCGAGUCCCUGAUUCGGUUCAUACCGCGCAGGAAGGAGCGAAGCGCAAUCCGACAGCACAAGGAAACUGGAGGGAUGCUUUGGAAUCUGGCGGCUUCGGAUAGAAGUCAGCGGGCGCCGCUCCCGCAAACACGCCUCGAUUCCGGGGGCGGUUGCAUCAUGAGGUGCGGGUUCUUCACCACUCCUGCAUGUUUUGUUACGAUCUGGAGAAGCUCCCGCGAGCUGCAACCGAAGCUGAAAGCACAAGUCAUCGCAUGGACGUCCACGAGAAUCCGGUGGCGUUCCUCUGCCAACGCUCUCGGGUCAUCUCCUCGUCCGAAUACCCUAAAACAGCCGGUCUGGCUGUUUCCCGUGGUCAUCAGCGGCCGUAAGAUUGCCCGAUACACGGAGUACGCAGUAUGCCUGGCGCCCCCAUUGAACACGGCGCAAACAGGGACGGCGGAUCCGUUUGUUCAGACGAGAACAACCUUCGCUCCCCAAACCAUUAGGCAAAGCAGGCAAGACAGCACUCGUAUAUUGUGCCGCCUCGCAGCCAUCACAGCAGGCACAACCAACCCGACCAACGCACGGUUCUUUGCUUCCUCCGAGGCAAACGACGUAUCGGAACUCAUUCCUUUCCAGUACAGGAUUCCGUGGAACGUAGCCAGCGGUUGGACGUAA